AGGGGUGAGGGGCAGAGGGAGUCCUCAACAUCCACAUCUAAAUGUUUAUGGAGGAUUGGGGAGGAAUGGGUCGAUUUAAGAAAAGCUAGCCAUGCUGGGGUUAGAGAGGAGCUCGGGGUCACUUGACUGGCACAGUGACAGAUCCUGCAGUCUGUUGGACUAACUCAGGCAAUAGGCACCUGAGGCCUAGGCCCACCAAGGCUGGCUAAAAAGGUCCUUGCAAGAGUGGGUCCAGGAUGAAAGGAUGUUGAGACAGCUUCUCUGGGUCAUGUUAGAGUUUGGAGGAGAGUGGGGUUUGCCUCUGGUGCCUUAACAGGAGCCCUUUAGGCCUUGCAGUGAUUAGCAGCUCCAAGCCUGGUGGUCGUUCUUGAGGAUCAGUGGCAGGAGGAAGAGAAGUUGCUGAGAAGAGAUUGUACCCACAACGGGCUAAGGAUGGGUUGGUUGGUAGCUCCCCGUGCAGUGCCCUUCAGCGGCUCCCCAGCUUAAAGCUUAGGACUGCCCUUGGCUAGGCCUGUCUUUUCUUUCAGGCGCCAACACCUCCUUCAGUAACUUUGUUGCUGAGGCCUUUAGGCCCCAGCGCCCCAGCAGCAGCUCUGGGCCCCAAACCGGUUUUCCCACCCUGCCUGAGUCUGGCACAUCACUUCUGUAGUUCCUCCCAAACGCUGCCCUGCCACUGCCACUAAGUUCCUCCUCUCCCCACCCUGGAAUGUUAGGGGGUGGGGGAUAUCCAGGUCAUCCUUUGUCCCUUGCCUGCUGUGGGUGUGGUCCCUUCCAGACCAGCACAAGAAGGUAGGGUAACUUCCACUCUUGGCCUUCUGCACUUCUGGUACUCAGGGAUCCCCUCCAGGCCUUGAAGGCCUUGGAAACAAAGGGACAACAAAAAGGAGCUGGGAUUCCCCUUGAUAUCAACCCCUUCCCCCAAUCUGAGCUCUGGAGGUGGAGACCAGAAAGCCUAAAGGAAGCCCAGCCUAUCCCUUGGGCCUGCUCGGGAGUAAGGAGGAAGAAGUAUAGUGGCCUCUUUAGGUGCCCCUGGCCAACCCAGGUCCCUCACCUCGAGUACCAACAAGGCAGAUCACUUCCAUGUGUCCCCUGCCAACAAGAGCACCUCUUUUGCUAUAGCUGAGAUGAUCUCAUGGAUGAUUAUACCAGCUGAAGCUGAUAGGGCCCUUGCUAUGAGCCAGGCUCUAAUCACUUUAGAAGAUACUUGCAGUGCCCCUUGAGAAGUCGUGACAAACAGGCCUAGAGGUUCAGUGGUGUACCCAAAGCCAAUUAUUAGUCUGUAUUGGAACCAAGCUUUCUCCCUAGGUUGAUCCUACAAAUAUCCCAUUACUGCUACUCUGUACCUCUUCAGUAAGGAGGGACCCAUAUUCCUAACCCUGUUAAGGGUAGUACUGUUUUGAAAUGGAAUAACUUUCUAGUCCAUGGUAGAACAGCUCUUUGGAGGGAGCUGAAGGCUAUGUCUGCAGGAGCUCUUGUUUGUAUCUGUAACCAACUUCCAUUCCCCCUUGUUCCCAUACAAAUACAGGUCUUAUGUAAAUAUUAACAUUUUUCUGUUUUGUAAUUUCUUUCCCAUUACCCUGUUGGGACAAGUAGGUAAGAACCGUUCCCAUUUCACAAAGGAGGAAAUAGGGCUAAGGAGAUAAAUAACCUGCCGGAGGUUCUGGCCUUAAACUCUGGUGCUCUCUGUAGGAGUCCAGGUUACAUGUUAAAUGGCCCAGCAAGACACUGAGAUGGGCUAUGGCAAUGGCAGUGAGGACAGAGCUUUGGGGGAGGGAGUCAGCGAGGAAGCAGUGCCACACAGCAUAUCCCACAGCCCAGAUGGUAGCAGAUUAUUAACUGGACUGCCAGGUAAAGCUGACAAACAGGGGAUGCUGCCUUCAUUUAGGACUGACAACUAAAGUGUACAAAAGGGGAUCCCAGCCCUGGUGAUGCUAGUGUGUGGGUUCAGGAGGCCUAACUAGCUUGGCCAUUCCCACACUUGGUCAUUGGCUGGUGAGCAGGUGGCAUGGGCUCAGAGGUGAUGCCUUCUUGGGAAGGAGAGGAUGAUAAGGACAUCUAACUGCUUUUUCAAAGCUGGGGCCUAGGAAAAAGUAGCGCAGGAAAAACUACAUCUCCCAGAAUCCCCUGCUCCCGGGCGAGUCGCGGUGGUUGCCAUGGUUUCAGAAAACAAUAUGGCUGCUCCCAGGUGGGACGUGUGUCUCCAGGUUAGGGAGACAGAGGAAGUCUGGAUUCCCACAGUGGCAAGAAAGGUGGGGUCGUUUGAGGGGUCGUAAGGCUGAGGCUGCAAGCUGCACGGCUGGAACUGCCUGGCCUUGCCAAGGACACAAAUGGCUAGCAGCAUGGACGAAGAGGCGCUGCACCAGCUGUAUUUGUGGGUAGACAACAUCCCUCUGUCCCGACCCAAACGAAAUCUCACCCGUGACUUCAGCGACGGAGGUGUGCGCGCCCAUGUGUUUCUGCAUGUUCUGUCUUUCCUGGUUGCAGAGAUCAUCAAGUUUUACUUCCCCAAGAUGGUGGAGAUGCACAAUUAUGUCCCCGCCAACUCCCUCCAGCAGAAGCUCAGCAACUGGGGUCACCUGAACAGGAAGGUGCUGAACAAGCUGAACAUCUCAGUACCAGAUGACGUGAUGCGCAAGAUCGCACAGUGUGUCCCAGGCGUGGUGGAAUUGGUGCUUAUCCCACUGAGGCAGCGCCUAGAGGAGCGGCAGAAGCGCAGGAAGCAGGGCACUGGCUCCUUACAGGACCUGGCUCCUCAGGAUGGCAGUGACUACAUGGAUGUGGGUCUGUCCCAAAAGGCCCGAGUAGAAGGUGACCCCCAGGGAGGAGGCCAGCUCAGAGGGGGCCGGCAGCCGGUGCCCCGGCCUCCUGUGUAUAACCAGGCCCAGCACAGUGACCCAAGCUUCGUGCUCCAGAUUGCCGAAAAGGAGCAGGAGCUGCUGGCUUCCCAGGAGACUGUGCAGGUCCUGCAGAUGAAGGUGAGGCGCCUGGAGCAUUUGCUCCAGCUCAAGAACGUGCGCAUAGAGGACCUGUCCCGGCGGCUCCAACAGGCCGAGCGCAAGCAGCGGUGAGCCCUGUCUGCAAGACAAAGCUACCUACCUGCAGACUCAGCGCUGGGAGGGUGGAGCCAACACUCUCCCCAGCCCCCCCCACCCCCGCUUCACCUGCUCAGCAACUCCCUCCCUGGGGAUUGGGCUGCCUCCUAUACUCCAUCCAGGCCUGGAGAACCGACCGCUUGCCCAGAGCCUUGCCUUGGAGCUCCCUGGGCCUUUGGAGGUGGUCCCCUGGCUCUGUCCACAUCCCUAGUUUAGAUGCCUACCCAGCUCUGGGGACAGUGAGGUCUCUAUCCAGGUUAGUUCUGCCCUUGGCAGUGCAGGAAGCUGCCCUUGGAAGCCAAGGGGCUCAUCUGGGACCAGUCUCAAGGAUGGAAACCACAGCAGCUGGAAAGGAAUAGGUGAAGAAUAGCAGCAGGCAGGAACAGGGGACAUAGCUGCUGUGCCCACAGCCGUGGCCCUCCCCACCCCAUGGGGUACUGUUGGGAGUGCCUGGGGAAUGUGGGACAGAGUGGUCCCUAGUAAAGGUGGCAGUGUGCUUUC